UCAGUAGUGUCUUCCUGAGAAAGCCCAGCGUAGACACCCACUCCUCCAGCAGUGACGGAGACACAUACAACGAGCGGUGCUGCGCACAUCCAGCCUGGCAGCGUAAUAUCAGACUGAAGCUCUACAUCAGGGAGAGAGAAUACAGAGGGGGUUGAACACAAAACAACCACGAACCAUCAGUGGUUUCAUCAAAACAACCAACAGCUAUGAAUCUCGAGCCCCCUAAAUCCGAAUUUAAGUCGGCCACCCGGGUGACCGGAGGCCCAGCCACGCCACGCAAAGGCCCACCCAAAUUUAAACAGAGGCAGACUCGCCAGUUUAAGAGCAAACCACCAAAGAAGGGCAUCCAGGGAUUUGGAGACGAUAUUCCUGGUAUGGAAGGUUUAGGCACUGACAUCACAGUCAUCUGCCCUUGGGAGGCCUUCAGCCACUUGGAGCUGCACGAGCUGGCUCAAUACGGCAUCAUCUGAGUCCACCAUCUUCCCACCAUCCUCUUCACUUUCCCCUUCCAUUCUGCCUCCACCCUGGCCAUGGGCUCCUGUGGGUCCAUUUGCACACACACCUUAUCAUAGAACAUUGCAAAAAAUGGAAAAAUCAGAGCAAAAAACAAACAAACAAACAAACAAACAAACAAAAAACUUACCUAACUGUCCAGCUCAUGGUUUCUUUCUUUUCUGCUCAUAAAUUAACUCAGACCAACAUAAAUGUCUGUGAUUGACUUGUUGUCUGUCAGAUCGCAAUCUGUUAUAUUAGAGGUAUUCGUUUCAUUCUUUCUCCAUUCCCAUUUGAUCUCUUCUUUCAGUUCUCUAUCCUCCUUUCUUUUGGAACAGAACUUCAAACUUAAGCAAGCAAGACAGCCUCAAAGUGAGUAUAAGUGUUGCACCCGUGAAAUGCUCGGCUUCUCAUUUCACGUGUCCCAGCCCCUCUGGAGACAUCUUGGAGGUCUAUCUAUUUUUUUCUUUCUUUUUAUUUUUUAAAAAAAAGGUCAUACUCCUGUAGACAUGGGAUACCAGCUGACUGACAAAGAAUAAAUUUGCAUUAAAAAAACAAAGCAAAACAAAACAAAACAAAAACACUUCCACUAAUUUUGCUGAUAUACUGGCACUUUAUCCCUUGUCCUACUUUAUUAUUAAUCUUAUCAUACCUACUCCUGCACUCAGGCUUCAAAACGUGCUCAUUGUUAAGGUUAGGACUUCUCAGAAAAACAAACUGCCACUUUUUUGGCUGUCUUGCAAUCUCAGGACCACCUGAUGUGUCCACAGCUUGGUUUUUAUAGCAGGUUUAAGGAAAAUAAAGAAGCCAGAACAGCAAGUCAAAGACACAGUUAAAUGUGCUGCAUUAUUAAAACUUGUUUGAUUAAAGUUUAGUGCAUGGUUCAGGCGAUUACGAUUGGGAAAGUGUUAAAUCGGUAUGUUUUGUGUCUUCUUUAACUGCAUGCUUGAUCUGAUUAUUCAUUAUUCAGUAUCUUUCAUACUUACACGGCAUCAUUCAUUCUCACUGUGUCUGUCUGCUGUCUUUCUGUCUCCACUUUGCUGUUUCAAAUCCAUAGCCUAAUUUAAAUUCCAUCGAAUUCUUACUGAUUAUCUUUGCAUAUGUCAUGUGUAUAUUAAACCAUCAUAACCUGAUUUCAUUUGUACAUUCUGUAAAGUGAAUUGUUCCUUUCAUAGGUUUCCUUAUUCAUUAUACAGUCUUUAUACACUCUUUAUCUAUUGGAUGCUGCAUUGUGCUGUGCGGCGUGUGUGUGUGUGUGUGUUGUUGUGUGUUGAAUAGUCUCAUUUGAAAUAUUCUGCCUAAUUUCUUCAUUUAUUUACAGUGGCACACUGCUUAUCCUCCACGCAAUCCCUCACAGUACUCUUUAUACUGAACUGACUUGACAUGUUUUGCAUAAUCUCAAACAUUUAUAUCAACUCUCACCCAGUUUCCUCCUAAACUCUCUGAACUUGGAUGAUUUGAAGAUUGUAAGGGCGGUUUUGCAGCAUUUUACUCCCUGGAUCUGUUGGUAUGUUUGCACAAGAGAUGACAAAUGCAUAAAAUCUUUGACAGUUUACUCCAUGGCAUGACUGUCUGUAAUCAGUGACUGAAGUAACGGUGUUUCUGCUCUACAGGAUGAGAUCAAAAUAAAGCUUAAAAAAGGGGAAAAUAUUUCUUGGUUGUAACGAGUCCAGUUUUCCCUGAUGUUAAUACACAUAAUACACAUAU